AUGGCCAUCAUGUUCCCCAAUUCUUUCAGUGAUUUAAGAGGACCUGCUUCUUCGCCUCCUACUCCAGAAAAACCCGCGACUCAUGCCCCUUGUGAACCAACUGAGCCUUCACGAGACACCUCCUUCUACUUAGAGACGGUGGUCUUUUUGGCCGAGAACACACUCUUUAGGGUGCCUCGAUAUAGGCUUGAAGCUGAGGAAGGUGUCUUCGCUGGCAUGUUCUCGAUGCCGCAAGGAGAAAAGGCGAAGGAAGGAUCAAGUGAUACCAAUCCCAUAAUCCUUCCCUCUCAGGUCACUGCGUUUGAGUUCAAGAGUUUCAUGAAGGCUAUUUACCCGACUACCAGGCGGAUCCACUACUUUGACAGUGGAUGA